UUUUUCUCUCUUCAUUUGCUGUUGCUGCUUGUGUGUACACAACUAUUGACGACAAUGCAACAUAUAUACAUAUUGAAAAUACAAGUUUUUUUUUCAUUCGUAUGUUUGCUCUCUUUCUUGACUUGACGAUUCGUUAUUCGGAUUGCGCUUCGCUCACACUCACACCAAGCGCAACACAAUCAAACCGUCACUAUUGUUGGAACCAUGCUCAGGAGCGCGCAUACGAAUGUUGUAGUAAAUAUGGGAUGAUUGUAUGUGUGCGUACUCCUAAUUUUCACAUGUAUGCCAGUUUUGUCAAAUUUAGGUUCCGUUCCGCGUCUAUCCAUGAACUAUGUUAUUUCAAACGCAAACCAUAAUCGUUAAGAUAAACAUCGUAAAUGGUGAUAAAAUUUCAAUUGCCAUUUAUCCAUUUUUGCUUUUAUUUCUAUUUGUACUUACUCAUUCCCACAAGUACACUUUCAACAGAAAUGAUUCAUAGGUAUGCCAAACGAAAAUUAUUUCGGUUUAAAUACAUAUAAUAUAUUUGGAUAUUGGGACGAUGUAUCACUUGAAAAUGAACACCAAAUUUCUCAGAAAUUCAGACAAAAUUUUCAAUUUUGGCUGUAGUUGAUAGUUGUUUAAGCAGUUCAUUUAAUUUAUCGAUGGAUCAAAUUACAUUUUUUCAAUGUUGAUGGAAUGAAAUUGAGUGUUGGGAAUUGACUCUAAAAAGUGAUGCAAUGAAUAGAAUGGAAAAUCAAAGCAUCAUUGAAAUACAACAACCAUUGUUUUCUAAAAUCUUUGGUUUGUUCAAUAUCAUAACGGUGUUUCAUAAUGUAACUUUCAUUUUGGUCUUUCAACGGCUUUUCCAAAACGAAAAAAUAGGAUUUUUCAAAAGCUAAAAUGGAAAUGGCAUGAAAGUUCUGGUCCAGUUCAAUUUGUAUUGAGGUGAAUAGCACGUAUACGUUCUCGCAAUUCCAAAGGACACAAUAAUAUAAUUUACAAAUUCAAAUCCAAACUAAACAAAGCGCCAAAUUAAGAAAUGAUGAAUUUUCACUUGGUAUGCCGCGAUAUCGUAUUUCAAAUCCGAAUGGGUUUGAAGCAUGUACAUUCUGUAGAAAGUGAGUGCAAUAACAUCGUUGAACUGAAAAUAAAUGACAAAUUUCCCCUCAAACCACAGCUCAAGAAUGGCCAACACAAAUGGAAUGUAUGAGACCUGUUAGAAAAUAUCGUCAAACGUUCGUAAUAAAUAAAACAAACUAAUUGGAUGUAGCGAGAGUAUGUUCGCUGACAGCUGCGAACCAUUGACAAUUGACAAUUCAUGUGUUUAUUUCAUGCGUAUUUUAUAUAAUAUCCAUACUUUGUUUUCCGAAACGUUCCCAAUUGUGUUGAAAACGUAAAGGCAACACAAUUGACACAUUCGUGUAGUUAUUUUUUUUAUGGCUUUGUAGUGAAAAGUAUAUUUUUGUGUGUCACAACAGGACGUGUCUGCAAUUUAAUGCAAAUUAACCUCAUUCAAUCGUGAAGAUCUAGACAAAGCGUGUGGCAUAUCAAUAUAAAAAUCGAUUGUAAAUUUUCGUGGUCAGCAGCUGUGUUAUCAGUGAAAUUUAAUUGGACUAAAUAAAGGCAAAUCUAAGUGCAACGCAUUAGCAUUGAGACUUGGAAAAAUUUUAUAAUGAUGUCGUAACAACGCAAAACGAUAUCACAAAUGAACUUUUUCGCAAUUUUCAUUUGUGUAUUUUCUUGAAAGGACAAGUGAAAUCAAAACAAACCAUUUAAAAAGACAUUUUUUUCCAAUUAGUGACCUAUCCGCACAUCUCUCGAUACACGAAACAAAGAAAACAAACACGUCAUUUUUAUCGGACAAACGUAGCUCUGUAUAUUUUGCGUGAGCAUCAAGAAAACUAUUGUCAAAAUGUCAGAUCGUAGUAAUGCAUCAUCACCAUCGCCGUCGGUGCAACAGCCACUAGUCAAAAUCGGACACUACACGCUCGGAGCAACACUAGGAACGGGCACAUUUGGCAAGGUGAAAAUUGGCGAACAUCAACUGACCAAACAUAAAGUGGCCGUUAAGAUCUUGAAUCGACAGAAAAUUCGAUCGCUUGAUGUCGUUGGGAAAAUUCGACGGGAGAUUCAAAAUCUCAAAUUAUUCCGACAUCCACACAUCAUUAAAUUGUAUCAGGUGAUUUCAACUCCAACGGACAUUUUUAUGAUUAUGGAGUACGUAAGUGGCGGCGAACUGUUCGAUUACAUCGUAAAGAAUGGAAAACUACAAGAACACGAAGCACGACGAUUUUUCCAACAAAUUAUUUCGGGCGUUGACUAUUGCCAUCGACAUAUGAUCGUACAUCGUGAUUUAAAACCAGAAAAUCUCCUGCUCGAUCACAAUCGUCACGUAAAAAUUGCGGAUUUUGGUUUGAGUAAUAUGAUGUUGGAUGGCGAGUUUUUGCGUACUUCUUGUGGUUCGCCCAACUAUGCGGCACCCGAGGUCAUUUCUGGAAAAUUGUACGCUGGCCCAGAAGUCGAUAUCUGGUCAUGUGGUGUCAUCCUCUACGCUUUGCUGUGUGGUACAUUGCCGUUUGAUGAUGAACACGUCCCGACGCUCUUUCGGAAAAUAAAAUCUGGCAUCUUCGCUAUCCCGGAGUAUUUAAAUAAAAAUGUGAUUAGCUUGCUGUGUCAGAUGUUACAAGUGGAUCCAUUGAAACGAGCGACCAUCGAAGAAAUCAAGAAGCACGAUUGGUUCCAACGUGACUUGCCGAAUUAUUUGUUCCCGUCAUCGAUCGAAAACGAUAGUAACAUCGUCGAUACACUGGCCGUGGCCGAAGUUUGCAUUAAAUUCGGUGUCAAAGAAGUCGAAGUGCACAAUGCAUUGCUGAGCGGCGAUCGCCACGAUCAAUUGGCCAUUGCCUAUCACUUGAUUAUCGACAAUAAGCGCUUCGCCGAUGAGGCGGCCAAAUCGGAAAUGGAAAACUUCUACGUUGUACCACCAUCGAGUCCACCACCAACCCAUUACAGUCCGAAUAACACAAUUGACAAAUCAUCGGGUAGCGAUGGAUCACCAGCCUCAUUUCGACACCCAGAACGAAUCGCACCACUACGCGAACGUGCAGCAGCAAUGAAUAAUUCACUUUCCGGUGGCCCGAAUCCACCCACCGCAGGUCCAAUUGGCAACGAAAAAAUGCGCGGAACCCCAGUUAAACGAGCCAAAUGGCAUCUGGGCAUUCGAUCGCAAAGCAAACCCAACGACAUCAUGCUCGAAGUAUAUCGGGCAAUGAAGGCCUUAGACUAUGAAUGGAAAAUUAUCAAUCCGUACCAUGUGCGAGUGCGGCGUGUAAACAAAUCGGAAGGAAAACACGACGUGAAAAUGUCAUUGCAAUUGUAUCAAGUCGACGCAAAAAGCUAUCUAUUGGAUUUCAAAUCGCUGACAAACGAAGAAGUCGAGCAGGGCGACGAUGUCAUUAUGGACAAUGCAACGCCACCGAACGCAAUGGGAAUACCGGUGAUGCCACAACAGCCAACCGGCCAUCACACAAUGGAAUUCUUCGAAAUGUGCGCCGCUCUAAUCAUUCAGCUCGCUAGAUGAAUCAGCAACGCGCAUCAAAAGAAACCAAUUUUGCUUACAAUCAACGAAGAAUGUCAUUUUAAAUGGCACUAUUAGUAAAAAUACAAUAAUAGCUUUCACGCAUAGACCAUAGAGCUUAGGGAUUAGGAUUGAAAAUGAACUUGAAUACGAGUAUUGUACAAUUUUUAACUUUUUGAUUUUAAUUUUUAAACAAACUUUACUUUGCCCCUAUUUUUUAUUGAAUAUUUUAUUAUCAUUGAAAUUGUUGUACUAUUUUCUUUUCUCUUCUUUGUUAUUGUUUUUUUUAUAUUAGUUGAUACGCUAGAUCUUGCACUACAUUGAUUUUGAAAGAAAAGUUGAAAAAAAAUAUGUUCUGUUCCCAAGACGCUUGAAAAGAAUUCUUGAACAAACAACACAAUUGUAAAUUAAUUUAUUUGGAUAAAUGGCUUUUUUUCUCUCCCAUUAUGUCUUCUCAAAAAUCACUUCAAAUUUUCUAAUUUUUUUUUCCAUCAAAUGAUAUUUUUGAAGAACAACUAAAAAUAAGAUUUGAAUUGUAAAAUAAAAAACAAGAAAUUCACAUGAAAAAGUCAGUUAAAUGUUUGAAUCAUAAUAAAAAUAUCGGCUUUAAAAGUGAACACACAAA